AUGUCCCUCGCCCAACAUGUCUCCGCGGUCGAGGGCAUUGACCACGAACCCGAACCUGGCGACGUGGCCUUUGACGACCGUGCCAGCUUGCUCAGUUUCCACCGUCUGUCGCGUCAGCCCAGCAUCGCCCUGUCCAUCAGCUAUGACCCCAUUCCUCCCGCCAGCGGAGACAAGGGCCCCGGGGCGGCACCCGAGAAGCUGGAGCCCAUUGCCGCGUACGAGGUGUCGAGGGGGAUGAGGAUAGCCCAGGUAACAGUCGGCGUGGUCUCGUGCGUCCUGGCAUCCGGCAUUGUCUUUGGCUUCGACGCCCUCAAGACUAUCCUCUUGGCCGAGGGCACGUACCGGGACCUGUGCACCGAAGAAGAACUGAGAAAGAAUGUGCCCCUGUGCUACAUGCAGGACCAAAGGUUAAAUCUCACCUUUGUCAUUGCCUCCGUCACCACCAACAUCUCGGCUCUGCUGGUUGGGGGCAUCCUCGACCGCUACGGCCCGCGCGUGUGUGGCAUCAUAUCCUCCAUCUUCCUCGUGCUGGGGAGUAUUUGCAUGGCCUUUGCCUCCGAUCUCCCCUUUGACGCAUACAUCGUGGCCAGCUUCCUCCUCGCCCUCGGGGGUACCUUCACCUUUGUCCCCAGCUUCCACCUGUCCAAUGCAUUCCCCCGUUUCCAAGGCCUCAUCCUGGCGCUGGUCACCGGCGCGUUCGACGCCUCGGCCAGCGUCUUCCUGAUAUUCCGCAUCCUCUACCAAAGCACCCACGGCGCCAUCACCUUGCGCCAGAUCUUCACCGUCUACCUGCUCGUGCCCAUCUUCAUCCUCGUCUCCCAACUCACCAUCAUGCCCUCGCAAAGCUACCAGACCCGCGGGGAGCUGGCGGAGAAAAUGGACAAAGCACAAGACCCCACGACUGACGUGCACGACAGCGACGACGAGCUCGGCGGCGCCAUCGAGGUCAUGCAGGUGCGGGCCGAACGGGCCAACCGGCGUCGUAUGUCUAUCGCCUCGAUCAACGACCUGCUGGGCCCGCCGGCCGAGCAGGACAAGCACGACAAGAAGGAGGACCAGAUCAAGGUCAACAGCGGCGUGUGGGGGAUCCUCCACGGUCUGCCGGCCAGCAAGCAGAUCCGCACCCCCUGGUUCAUCCUCAUCACGCUCUUCACCGUGCUGCAGAUGGCACGGUUCAACUUCUUCAUCGCCACCAUCUUCACGCAGUACUCGUACAUGCUGAACUCGGUCGAGGCCGCGACGCGCGUCAUCGAGUUCUUCGACCUGGCUCUCCCCAUCGGCGGCAUCGUGACAGUGCCCUUCAUCGGCGCGCUGCUGGACUACACGUCGACGGUGGCGGUGCUGAACCUGCUGGUGCUGCUGAGCACGCUGAUUGGGGUGCUGGGCGCCGUGCCGACCAUCUGGGCCGCCUACGCCAACGUCACGCUGUUCGUGCUGUUCCGCCCGCUGUACUACAGCGCCAUGUCCGACUACGCAGCCAAGAUCUUCGGCUACGCCACCUUCGGCACCGUCUACGGCGCCAUCAUCUGCCUCUCGGGCCUCUUCACCUUCACCCAGUCCGGCCUGCAGGCCCUGCUCCACGACGUCUUUGACGACGACCCGGAGCCCAUCAACCUCGGCCUCGCCACCGCCGGCCUGGUCCUGGGUGUGACUCUGGUCAUGUACGUCGACAUCAAGGGCCGCGCCCUGCACAGGGAGAGAGCCCUGGCGGCGGCUCAAGCAGCUGCCGCUGCGAAUGACGAGAGACGCCCACUCCUCGGGCCCCCGCGGUCCGCCUACGGCAGCGCCAGGAGCGUCAACAGCACGAUCGGCAUUAACGGUCCCGGCGGCGUUGGGACAAGUAACGCAUAUGGCACGGCCGCUGGUUCCCUCCCCAACGCCCCUACCAGUGCUGGUGCUGGUGCCGGUGUCGGUGGCAGCGGUGUAUCCGCUGCUGCUGCCGCAGGAGGUGCUGCAGGGCUUAACGUUGGCAUGGGCAUGUCCAGCAGCACGAUACCAGAAGACCCCGGCGCCGCGGAGAGAAUGCGCCUGCUGCACGCCACACCCAGUCGGCAGCAGCUGCAGCUGAACCUGGCCACCGUGCAGGAGACGCGAGAGCUGUAA